AACUUUUUCAGGAUGGAGAGCUACGUGUCUUUGCUUUGCUGGAUUCUUGUGAUCAUCUGAGAUAGUCUGACCCUCAUCCACCUUAUCUUUCUGACAAGGCACAUCCGUUCUUCAGGAGAGGUUUUCCCCAUAGUACACACUGAACCUUGAACAGUUAAGCAGCACACCAGAAAUAUGGAGGAGGAGGACCUAAGUGAAAGAGGGUUGCCACAAAUUGCUUCAAUCAUGAAUAGAGUCAGAGACUUGAAAAACAAAUACAGAAAUGACGACAAUAUCACAGAUGAGCUUAACUGUACUAAAGUCUCAGCUGACACGACAGAUAACUCUGGAACUGUUAAUCACAUAAUGAUGACAACAAAUAAUCCAGAAGAUUGGCUGUGUUUUUUGCUUAGGCUAGAGAAAAAGGGUAUUCCUCAGACAGAUGUGAGCCUACUGAAUAGACUCAUCGGUCGUUAUAGUCAAGCAGUGACUGCACUACCUGCAGAAAAGCAUAGUCAAGAUGAGAGCUACGCUCGCAUCCUUGUGAGAUUUGCUGAAUUGAAGGCUCUUCAAGAUCCAGAGGAGGCACGGGACCAAUUUCAUCUGGCCAGACUGAACUGCAAGAAAUUUGCUUUUGUGCAUGUGGCUUUUGCACAGUUUGAGCUAUCACAAGGUGUGUAG